GCAUCCUCCUGCUUCAGACGCACCAGCAGGAUGUUCCGCCGUCGCACCGACAACCUUCACUUCACUUUCAUGCCCCUUUAACACCAUUUCCCCCGGACCUGAACCCCUCCCCUCCUCCCCAUGCGCGGCUCUCCCCCUGAGAUGCGAUACCGCUGCACGAUUUCCCGGAGAAUAUCUUCAUCCUGCGUCGCUCCUCCUCCUCGCUGAUCGAGAUGCCGGACCGGGACGCGGGGACGGCCGCGGCCGCCGCUGGUGCAGCAGCCUCCGGGGACGGAGGCUCCGACGGCUCCGGCGGCUCCAGGCACCGACACCGGCCGCAGCAGGGGGACGCGGAGAGGCCGGACCCGGGCGCUGCGCCCCAACAAAGCUCCUCCGGGGUGCUGGAUAAGCUGUUCGGAAAGCGGCUGCUGCAGGCUGGGAGACACAUCAUGUCUCAUAAGUCUUGGAUGAAAACGGUGCCCACGGAGAACUGUGAUGUCCUCAUGACGUUUGCAGACACUACAGAUGACCACACGUUACUAUGGCUACUGAAUCACAUCCGGCUGGGAAUCCCGGAGCUCAUCAUCCAAAUCCGACAUCACAAACACACCAGAGUCUACGCAUUCUUCAUCACGGCUACAUACGAAAAUUUGCUCCGAGGGGCCGAGGAGAUGGGGCUGAGGAAGGCGGUGAAGCCGGAGUUCGGCGGGGGGACGCGGAGCUUCUCCUGCGAGGAGGAUUACAUCUACGAGAACAUCGAGAGCGAGCUGUGCUUCUUCACCUCCCAGGAGAGGCAGAGCAUCAUUAAGUACUGGUUGGACAAUCUACGUGCCAAACACGGGGAGGCUCUUCAUAAUAUCAGCUUCCUAGAGGGUCAGCCGAUCAUUCCAGAGCUCAGUGCCAGAGGCGUCAUCCAGCAGUUAUUUCCUCUCCACGAGCAGAGGAUCCUCAGCCAGCUGAUGAAGUCCUGGGUCCAGGCCGUCUGCGAGAAACAACCUUUAGAUGAUAUCUGUGACUACUUCGGGGUGAAGAUUGCGAUGUAUUUCGCCUGGCUGGGUUUCUACACCACGUCUAUGUUGUAUCCUGCUGUGAUCGGCUUCGUGCUGUGGAUGCUCACAGAGUCAGAUCAGACGAGCCGCGACAUCUGCUGCGUGGUGUUUGCGCUGUUCAACGUGGUGUGGGCCACCCUGUUCCUGGAGCGGUGGAAGAGGAGGGGCGCCGAGCUGGCGUACAAGUGGGGGACGCUGGACGCGCCGGCCGAGUCCCUGGAGGAGCCGCGGCCUCAGUUCCGGGGAGUGAAGCGCUGCAGCCCCGUGACGGGAUGUGAGGAGUUCUACUACCCUCCGUGGCGGAGGCGUGUGUUCAGGUGGCUGGUCAGCCUGCCCAUCUGUAUCCUCUGCCUCUGCUUCGUGUUCCUCGUCAUGCUCAUCUGCUUUGAACUGCAGGAAUUCGUGAUGGGGAUCAAGGAAAUGCCUCGGCUGGCUCGCUUCAUCCCCAAAAUCAUGCUCGCUAUCACUGUGACCGCAUGUGACGAGGUGUACAGGAAGAUUGCUUGCUGGCUCAAUGACAUGGAAAACUACAGACUCCAGAGUGCCUAUGAGAAAAAUCUCAUCAUCAAAAUGGUUCUUUUUCAGUUUGUAAAUUCUUAUCUCAGCCUUUUUUACAUUGGAUUCUACCUCAAAGACAUGGAGCGCCUGAAGGAGAUGCUUGCCACUCUGCUCAUCAUCCGCCAGUUCCUCCAAAACGUGAAGGAGGUGCUGCAGCCUUAUCUGUAUGAGCGCCAUAAGCUGGGGGAGCUUACGCUGAGAGCCGUGUGGGACCUGCUGAUCUCCGUGCUGCUAAAAUACGGCCGUCUGGCGGCCGGGAAGGCCCAGCUUUCCCCCAGCGACCAGACCAUGCCGGGACCUGGACUGAGGGGAACCAGGCCCGGCCUGGGGCCGUCGGAACGAAGGGAAAAGAAGUGUUUGAACGGCGGAUGCGGGGUGCCUGACGACGAGGAGGGCGGCGAGAGGGACGAGGCCGACAGCGGGAGGUUCAGCGAAGGAGAGACGGAGGAGGAAAGUUUGAUCGACUGCGGUUUGAAGCUGAGGAAAGUCAGCUUCAUAGAGAAGGUGGACAAAAGACCCGCCUGUGGUGGACCCCCCUUGGAAAACAGCUUCAUGGAGGAGGGAAGUCCCACUAUGGUGGAAAAGGGCAUGGACCCUGCCGCUAUGUUUGAAAUGUGCGAUGAUGACGACGAUAAUGGGAUCCACGAUGUGAAGGACUCAGCCAGGGCCGAGGGAGCGGCCGCCGCCGCCGUGGUCGCCAGCAGCGUCUCCUCGCCGCCCUCCGGCGCUGAGGGCAGCACGGCGCUGCGCCACAGAAGAAGAGGGCGGAGCGCCGAGAGGGCGGAGCCCAAGGCCAAGCGGGAGUCGUGGAUAGAUCCUCCGGAGGAGAGAGAGAGCAACACGCUCACUCAGGCGGAGAUGGAGAGCUGCAUGCAGACAUACGCUGACACCUUCCAGGACUACCAGGAGAUGUUUGUCCAGUUUGGCUACGUGGUGCUGUUCUCCUCCGCCUUCCCUCUGGCCGCCAUGUGCGCGCUCAUAAACAACAUCAUCGAGAUCCGCAGCGACGCCUUUAAGCUGUGCACCGGGCUGCAGAGGCCGUUCGGGCUCCGGGUGGAGAGCAUCGGCCAGUGGCAGACUGCGAUGGAAGCCAUGGGCCUGAUUGCCAUCAUCGUGAACUGCUACCUGAUCGGUCAGUGCGGUCAGCUGCAGCGGCUCUUCCCCUGGCUCAGCCCUGAGAUGGCCAUCGUCUCCAUCGUCAUCCUCGAGCACUUUGCAAUCCUCCUGAAGUACAUCAUCCACGUGGCUAUUCCUGACAUUCCCACAUGGGUCCGAGAGGAGAUGGCGAAGCUGGACUAUCAGCGCCGGGAGGCCUUUAAGAAGCAUGAGCGGCAGGCGCAGCAGCAUUACCAGCAGCUGCAGAGGAGGAAGAGGGAGGAGGAGGAGCGGCAGAGGCAGGCGGAGCACGCGGCUCGCAGGGAGCGGGAGCGGGACGACAGCAAGGGCGACUCCUCCGGGGAUCACCACCACGACAAAGGUCACGGCGGCAAAUCCCGCUCGGGGGGCGGAGGAGGCGGCGGCGGCUCCGGCUCCGACAAACCCAAGAGGCCCAGCUCUCUGCUGGCCAACAACAACGUGAUGAAGCUGAAGCAGAUCAUCCCGCUGCAGAGCAAGUUCUCGGGCGGCGCCCGCUCCCCUCAGUCGCCCACCGGCAGCGAGCCCAAGCUGCCCGGGUUCUUGAGCUUUAAGUUCCUCAAGUCCCCUGAGAACAAGAAGGAGGGCGCGGCCGCGGCGUCCUCCGCCGCAGCCGCCAACGCCGCAGCGGCAUCGUCAUCCUCAUUAUCAGGUAGCAGCUCUCAGGAGCGUUCUCAGUCACCCAGCAAGGCCUUCAACCCGGGGAAAUUGUUCAACUUUGGGAAGUCUGAGGGAGGGACGUGCGUGAACGGGGCCUCGGCGCCCUCGUUGCACCCGUCAGAGAGACAGGCGUCCCGGGCGGACCUGAACGGCGUCCCGGACGAGAUCCCUUCGCCGGGAGGAGACGGGUCUGAGAACGGACACGCCGCAGACCUGGACCCGGGCAGCGCUAAAGUCUAGCGACUCCAGCGAAAGGACAACUUUUGCAUUCGGUUAAAUCUCAACUGAAGAGUUGAGGUGCUUACUGUGAGGAAAAAGGCCCGACCCGCCCGCCGCGCUGUCAGAGGCCACGAGUCCCGCUACUCCGGGAGGAAACCGGGAGAAUGAUCAGAGAGGACUGUUUUAGUUUGCUUUUUUUGCAGAGACAAAAAAAAAAGAAGAAAAAUAGGCUUUGUAAGACAGACGUAAGCCCUUCUAUCAUGACCGAAUCAAAUCUCACACACACUCCCUUACACACACACACACACACACACACACACACGACACACUGAUUCUUCCUUGUCUGCAAUACAUAAAGAAAUGCAUGAGCUGCGUUUCUGCUAUUUUAAGCCUUUAAAUCAGAGAGCUUUGUUUCUUGAUUUCUUUUAGUCAGAAAUUGUAAGCAUCUCAGUGGCCUCCUCCUAGGAAGGAAGAAACCCGUUGUGGAGAAAAACGGAUUACGAAACGUAUGCGGUGAUACGAAGGAAUCACCAGCUAUAUAUCAAGUAACAGAGUUCUUUUGUUGUUUUUAAAACUCCAUGGCAACACAAGAGAUGAUUCGAAAUCUUCUUCACUCUGAAUCGUGAGGAGUUCUCGGGCCCUUCACUUUUGUAACGAAGUGGAAAACUGUAAAAGCAAUAUCUGUCAGUGUUUCAAUAAUCUUCAUCAGACAUCACAUCAGCCCUCCAUCUGUUGUCAUCCCUAACAUAUCACCGACUUUCUUUAAAAGCAAGAGCUCCGGGCUCGUCUCCCGUUGGAGAGGAGAGCAGGGCUCAGUCAGUCACGUUGUCAGGAAAAGCUAAAGUCCAUUAGAGGAGAUAGAAAGUAGAAACGAUACAUAAGAAAGUAGAUGAUUGUGAUGUUUGUAAAGUGUGCAGCUUGUUGCCUGCCGUUCUCCAUCCAGCCUGCGAGCGCCUUGUCCACACAGAUGGUGCUUCAGUCCUCCAACUCCGGCCAAACUGGGCCAAACAAUAGCAAGUUACUAAAGUAACUCUUGCACUAAUCCCUGGCGACCUGCACAGAGAGACAUCUCUCUUUCGACACCAGCCUGCCUCAUGAUAUUAUGCAAGAAAUAGUGUUUUGUUUUUUUUUAAUUAUUGUUUUGAUUUCCUUUUUUAAACAGUAUCUUCUCACUUGUCCCAGCUCUUGGCAAGUGUCUGAUGUUAGGCUUUUCAAACAGGCUUCAACGGCGAGCUUUUUGUCCCUCUUUUUUUUCUUUAAAUAUGCUCCUUUUAGAGGUUCCUCUUUAACCAAAACAGUAUUUUUCAUAUUUCACUGUUAACCCAAGAUGUACAGUAUUUUACAAAAGAUUUAGGCACAAAAAAGUGAUCAUUUAAUCUCAUACGAGUGCAGGUAAUAGUUGAAAAAAAAAGGUGAAUAAAUAAAGCAGCAGAAGCUUUUCACAAAGUCCUCCACACAUUUAUUUGUGAAUUCAAGCUGAUUUUUAAUUUUUUUUUGUUCAAAUAAUCUCCAAACGGAUGGUUGGGAAAGCGUGAAAAAAUAAUAAAAAUAAUUAAAAAAAAUUAAAAAAAAAGGGAAAGCGUGACGCCACAUGACGGUGAAAUUUCUUUUGGUGGCUUUUAUUAAAAAUCCCAAACUGUAGAAGUGCCUAAAGCUUUUGCAAGUACUGUAUCAUCAUUAUAUUAUUUUGUAUGUCAACUUUAUGAUAAGAAGUACCUGCCUUCCGAGAAAGCUCCAUCCCCUCCAGCUAAGCAGUAUUUCACCUCUGCAGGGUCUCCAGACGGUGGCGCCAGCUCAUCAGUAAAUAUAAUGUUGUUGCGCCGCUUCUUUCCUUUCAGGAUUUAGUAUUUACCCGUAAAAUCGGCUACUAGUGAUCAGAAUUCAGCAGAGGCAGCGAAGUUUGAGCAUCUGGCUGCAGUUUUAAAGGGAAAUACCUUAUAAAGUCAUUAGAUGACAAUGGGAUUAAAAAAAAACAAAUCAACGAGGCCAUUGCACUGCACUGUGGGUUGAGAAACAGAAACAUGAACUAUGCAUUUCCACACUUUCACCUCUUGCAAUCAUUCUGGCAAUAACACAGAGUUACGUCCCAUCAGACUUCCUGUCACAUAUUAUAUAUAUAUAUAAACAUAUAUGUGACCCAGAACUAACAUGACGUCAUCCAUCGAUUGCUUUUAUAGUAUUUUUUAAAUAAGCUUUUCGUAUUUUGUUGCCAUUUAUGGAGGCUAGUCCAGGUUUAGUCCAUUUCUCAAUGACAUACUUAAAAAAGAAGGAGAAAAAAAAGUACUUUUACAGAUGGGCAAAAAGAUUUAAUGCAAUACAGAAACAGACAAGACAUCAUUUUACUGUAACCCUACAGUGUGUCCUUUUCCUGAAUUGGGAGAUCACUCUUUAUGAUGAUGUAAAAUAGGAAUUGCAAAUGCAGAGAGAAGUGUAAUAUGAUUAGUGUCUUUGUGUUUUGUUCUCACAGGCUGGCACAGGCACGUCGUGAAAGGGAGUCAGAGACGUCGUACCAGGUCUAGGUGGUAGAUUGUAGCGGAGCUCAGUCUCAUGAAAAACCUUGAUUCUUGCAGUAUUUGGAUUUCAGGGAUGAACGACAUCACGAUGCAAUAGAGUCCAUCCAUCCCCAUCAAUACAUUUGUGGAGAAGCCGUAUCAAUAUUGUGAAGGAGAGGCUCGACAGUUGGGUAGUUGCUCAUGCCGCCGCAUCGAGGUGCAUUGGAGUUUAGUCACGACUUCAUGUGUUGGUUCCACCUAAUUCAGGUAAACAAUUUUAAAUUGCAUAGAUAUAAGGAUAAACUAGAUGCAUUUGUACUUUUGGCAGCUGCAAAAUAUUUGGAAUAGAUUCAUUAAAGCAACAGUUUUGAGUUUGGCGGUGAUAACGAGGACAGUGUCUGAACGGCAGAGACUCGCCAUACAUUUAUGGUUGUGUGUCAGAGCAGCCGUGGUUCUUUAGGAAGGCCAGCUACCACGUGAAAUCGGUGCAGGAGGGCUGAGUGGAUCUAGUAAACGGACUGUGUCCUGGAUUUUGGGUUGGACGUGAACAGCUACAUUAAAAACGCGACCCUAACCUCAAAAUUGAGACAUUUUCAUGAAAGCUUCACUGACAAAACAUCCAAUGCUCUUCCAAUGUACCACUGUACAAAAUAAAACUAAACUUGGAGAUGGGAUUAUUUAUUUCUUUUGUCAUAUUUUUGUAAAAUCUGAAGAAUAGUUAAUAAAACUUUCAAAUGCAUUAAA